ACAUAUCCACAAGAUUCCCACAUGAAACAACUUUCUUCUUCCCGAACAUUCCUGAUCCACAUCAAUCAAAACCGAACCCAGAUAUUUUCUUCCCAAUCUUUAUAUAUUGCUCCCCUCUUCCUUUUAAGACCCACCAUGCUCGGGCUUUAACACCAUCACCGCCACAACAACACAACAUUCAUUGAUCUUUUGGGGCUCAUUCUCAACUAUUAUUUGGGUCGUGAUGAUGGAGGCUGAACGUGGCUUACCAUCGUACUAUAAUGUUCUGGGAGUCAAGGUCGAUGCUUCCACUCAAGACAUCAAGAGUGCUUAUCGAAAGCUUGCAAUGCAAUGGCAUCCGGAUAAGUGGACGAGCACACCUUCUCUAUUGAGUGAAGCCAAGCGUAAAUUCCAGCAGAUUCAAGAAGCUUAUUCCGUUUUAUCAGACCAGAGGAAGAGAACUCUGUACGAUUCUGGAUUAUAUGAUCCCGAUGAUGAAGACGAUGAGGGCUUGUCUGAUUUUAUGGCUGAAAUGAUCUCCCUUAUGGCUCAAACAAGGGAAGAGGAGAAAGUUUGCAGCCUGGAGGAGCUGCAGAAGAUGUUGUGGGAUAUGGCACAAGAAUUUCACUCACCGCCGUGGUUCUGUGGACCGUCUGGGGGGGUCGAAGAGGACGAAAUGGGAUCCGAGUGGAUUGGGUGUAACAGGGUUCAAUAUGUACGAGACUCGAAGUUGUUGAACCCCAUGGAUGAGGCUGGCUCCCUUUUUGUUUGGGGAUUUUAACACCACUUCUCCUUGAGAAAACUGUAGCUGUAGUUGUGUGUAUCUAGAUUUUACUGGUUUGAAACAAUAUGGGCCAUGUUAAUCUCGUUUUUGAAUAAAACACCCCUUGAUUUUCUUUUUGGGACCA